GUCAUUCAUGCCGUCAAUUCAUUUUGGACGUGGUUUGAUUAAAUCAUAUUAUCAGCGAUAAAUUUCUUUUCACAUAAUUGCAUUUGCAGUGCAUUCAUACAAACGCGAAAACAUAUGUGCAUACGGGAAAAAUGCCACCAGCCAGACGAGCAAAUAUAGGUCGGCGAACGCGUAAUGCAAAUGAUGUGGCAUUACUAAGACGAUCACAGACUGCAGAUGAACGCGCACAAGCUAAUGCAUCGCAGCGUGAACGUAAUGCACGCAAUAGAUUUGUUAACCCAGUACCUGUACUGAAUCUUGCACGGCCAUCACGAAUACGUCGUGCUGUUUUGGCUGAAAUGAUGCGUGCUGCUUUUAAUUACAACAGUCAGAUUGAUUAUAGUAUGUAUGGAUACAUUGGAAUGAUGGACGCAAUAUGUCCACAUUGUGAUGCGGCUAACUUUCGAGGUGAAACACCCGGCAUGUGUUGUGCUAAUGGCAAAGUGAGAUUGCCAGCAUUAGAAACUCCACCCGAACCAUUGUAUUCAUUUAUUUUUGGGACAUCGCAAGCGUCGAAGCACUUUCUGAGUCAUAUUCAACAAUACAAUUCGGCAUUUCAAAUGACUUCUUUUGGUGCAACUAAAAUUAUUAGAGAUAAUUUUAUGCCGACGUUUAAGAUUCAGGGCCAGAUUUAUCAUCAAGCUGGUUCGUUAUUGCCAUACCCCGACGCUGAUCAUCAAUUUUUGCAAAUUUAUUUUAUUGGUGAUGAAAAUCGUGAAUUGGAUCAACGUUGUGCAAUUGUUUCGAAUACAAGACGAGAAAUUAUUCGUGAGCUACAAAGGUUUUUCCAUCAGCAUAACGCAUUAGUUCAAUUGUUUAAAAUUGCUCUCGAUCGUAUGCCAACUGAUAAUCACAAAAUCGUAAUAAGAGCUGAUAGAACACCUUUUGGAGAGCAUGCAAGGCGAUUUAAUGCACCAACAAUUGAUGAGGUUGCAAUUGUAAUUCUUGGUGAUCAGUUUCAAUCCCGUGAUAUUGUACUUCAUCGUAGAAAUGAGCAAUUGCAACGUGUUUCGACGAACUUCAUCGUAGUUACGAUGCAUUACAGUACCCAAUAUUGCAUUGGAAAGGUGACGAUGGUUACCAUAUCAAUAUACCAAUGA